UAUGAGAUCUGUUUGCAUGAGAUCUGUCUAGAUUUGAAUCACUUCGUCUACUCUAUACGCUCUUAAAUAAUGACGUGGACGAAGUACCCCCACAACUAAAAGAACUUUCUAGUCCAAGAUCAAAUUUCUUGACUCUCUACAUAACCUCGUGUAGUUUCUCUCUGUAAAAGUAGUAGCUAGCAAUGGCGUCUACUUUGCUGUCUGUGAACGUCUUAAGAAGUCUGUUCUGUGUAUUGGGUUGUUUAAUGACAGCCACCUUAAUCUAUACUAUUGUCACUGAUGGUCUUCCAUUCCGUAAAGAGCUUUUGAUACCGUGGAUGACAACAACCUUGAUUGAUUUCUAUAUUAUUGUUGUAGCAAUAGCGGCUUGGAUUGCCUACAAGGAAUCAAACUUGAUCAGCGCAGUAGUGUGGAUAAUCCUAUUAGUAUGUUUGGGAAGCAUAACUACAUGUGCCUAUGUUGUGGUGCAACUUUUCAAGUUGUCAUCUCAAGAGGUUUCACAAGAUCCCAUGUAUUACGUUUUGGUGCGCUAUAACAGCAAUUAUUUUAGUAGGGAUGAUAUAGAAAGAAAGAGGAAAUUCUCUUCUGUGGUGGCUGCUAGGAUUGCUUUCACGGCAUUGGGUUGCUUGAUGCUGGGAGCUCUGAUCUACACUCUCUUAACUGAUGGUAGUCCUUUUCGCACAGAGCUUUUGAUACCUUGGACGAAAGCAUUAUUAGUUGAUUUCUACAUUCAUAUCGUGGCUAUGUCGGUUUGGGUCAUUUACAAAGAGUCAAGUUCACUAAGCGCAUUCAUUUGGAUUAUCCUUUUCAUAUGUUUGGGCAGCAUUACUGUUUGCACGUACAUCGUCAUACAGCUGUUUCAGCUCUCAUCCCAAGAUCCACUCUACCUUGUUUUAUUGAAUAGUCGCAGCAGGGAGGGUUUUAAGACGUUAGCCAGUUCUUUAUCUUCAUCAGUCGGUCCUUGAUUACCAUGUAAAUUUUCUUCCUCAUGUUUGUUGUCACAGAAGAAAAGGGGCUUAAAUGACUUCAUCAAUAAUUCUAUGUACUGUGUAGACACAGUGAAGAUCUCCUUAUUGCUAAUAAUCUACCAGUCAUCAUUCAUGUUUUAUAUUUCAUUAUGUUUUCCUUCAUGUAAAUCAAACUUCAGAUACCACACUCAGUUUUCCUUUUCUUUGUAAUGAUCUUGUACUAGACAACUCAACGUUCAAAGUUGAGAUAUGUGAAAAAAAAGAUACAAAAGCGAGUAGAAAACUGUAAAAAUUCUUUUCUUUGCAUUA